UCACACGCAACUUCCCUCCAAUCAGCGGCGCUCUUUCUUUAUCGUGGGCGUGUCCUCUCCCUCCAAUGCUGCCGAGACCGGGGAGCUAACGUGCAGCAGCGUCCGUUAGCAGCAACGACACCACGUGACGGACUGCUACAUACUCAUCACGCUGCUGAGACGCCCGUCACCGUCACUCACCGGGCUCAGAGGACACCAGGCUUUAGAUCAACAAUGCGCCACCGCAGCAUGCGUGUCUUCAUGAACGAUGACCGCCAUGUCAUGGCCAAACACUCCAUUAUCUACCCGACCCAGGAGGAGCUGGAGAGCGUGCAGAACAUGGUGUCUCACACAGAGCGAGCCCUCAAGGCCGUGUCUGACUGGCUGGAUAAGCAGGAGAAGGGAACUUCCAAGUCUGACUCUGACAGUGCCGACACUGAUAAGGAGAGUGACCCCAAAGAUCAGGCCACGCGCUCCCUGCGAGGCGUGAUGAGGGUCGGCCUGGUGGCGAAGGGGCUGCUGCUGAAGGGGGACCUGGACUUGGAGCUGGUGCUCCUCUGUAAGGACAAACCCACCAUCAGUCUGCUGAAGAAGGUGGCUGAAAACCUGGUUACACAGCUCAAGGUGAGAACAGUCAUUAUGGGCCUGUGUCCUUGUGGUUUUGUUUUCAGACUCUCUCCAAACAGAGAAGGUCUAGACCGUACUCGGUCCUAAGGA